GAGGUAGGCCUGCUUGUCAGAUGGUUUGUUGUUGCUCCGUCUGCUAGGAAGUUAGAGGGGUUGAGAAAGACUGAAGUUUAACAAGGUAGCCGGGACAGCCAGGCGUCACAUCUGAUGGAGCUUCAGCAGCCGUAACUUUCUCUGUCGGAGGAGAAGGCUUUUAAAAGGCAGGCGUGUCAAGCUGAGGUUCGCUGAAGGUGUUCGAGCGAGGCGACGGUGAGAGAAAAGCCGUUCAGAUUCCUCGCUGAGCAGUGAAGGUCAAUGCUGGACACUGCAAUGAGAGAAGAGGUGUCCUGCACCAACUCCCCCGAAGGAGGGCUGGGAGCCAGCGAAGAGGAGCUGGAGAGAGGAUCCAAAAAGAGCCUUCAGGCGGGAAACCGAAAACGUUCCCCUUAUCCUAAGAAGGAUAGCCUGAGUCAGACAGAAGAGAGCAGCACCGGCAGCGCCAGCAGCCUGCUGCCGGCCGGGCCGAAGAGGCUGAAGAAAAGCCCCACAGCUAUCGUGUCGCUGGCUCCCACAUCCCUGGCUCCCAGGUCGGAGCCGCCCUUCGAGGAGCUCCACUCUCAGCGGGUCAUCGCCAACGUGAGGGAGCGCCAACGCACUCAGUCUCUGAACGAUGCCUUUGCCUCUCUACGCAAGAUCAUCCCCACGCUACCCUCCGACAAGCUCAGCAAGAUCCAGAUCCUGAAACUAGCCUCGCGCUACAUCGACUUCCUCUAUCAGGUGCUGCAGAGCGACGAGAUGGACGCCAAGCUGGCCAGCUGCAACUACCUGGCCCACGAGAGACUCAGCUAUGCCUUCUCCGUCUGGAGGAUGGAGGGGGCCUGGGCUAUGUCUGCCAGCCACUAGGACCCCAAUAAACCUCUGUCAUCCAUCCUCUCGUGUCCACACCUCCACCCUGCCAAUCUCUGUCUGUGUUUGCACCCAUUUCCUGACCUCUGACCCUCAGAAACAUUCCCUCCUGGUCUGAACUUAACCAUUUCAUCUCAAAUCUUUGCAUGCAUUUCUCAACCUAUCGUAUCUCUAUGAUGCAUGAUGGCUCACUCUUUCUUAAAAAAAAUCUAUUUUUGCAACUGAAUAUAUGCUGCUGGACCCCCCCCCCCCCCCCCCCCCCCGCCACAGUUUCUGCACUUCUUCCUUGAUUUUAUCAAGAGCAGCAGGUCACAGCUCUGCAACCUUGCAGGGAAAAAAAAAACAUUAACAGGAAAUUCUUCAAUUUCAAGACUCUUCAGGUUUUUCUUCAUGCACCUUUUGCUUCUUCUCUUUCAUUUUCGUUUUCUGGACACGUGCUUGACUCUUGAAAGUGUAACGCGUCUCUGAGACUCAGUGAGGACAAUGGACUGCUGAAGGAUUGAAUGCUGAAGGAUUGAAAAGAGUUUUGGGAAAAGACAAAACAAACAGCUGGCCUGCGGUGACAAUGAAACUAAAUGGCUGCUGGUUCGAGUGCCUUCGAGAACACCGGGACAACCAUCAUCCAGCCGGAUGGCUCACAGCCUGACAGACAUUAGGAUGACUAAUGAUGAUGACUCGGUGAUGGUUAGAGGGCGGUCACAGCCAGUUUAUGUUUACAGCUAAAAUACUAAUAAGCUAAUUGCUCUGGCGCUAAAAGCGGAGAGGCGGAGGAGCAGAUCUUCGUCUUCUUCGCUGCGCUGCAGAGACUCAACAGCUUUCUGUGUAUUUUUGAAUAUAACUGUUUGUAAAUUUGGCAUAUCCACACUGUAUCACCUAAAACCCAUGCUUUUACUCCGAUUCAACGAGAAGCCACUGAUCACAGUUCAGCCAGUUGCUUAUUUUCGCAUCAGCUUGUCUGUCGUUAGCGAGUAGCUGCUGAAAGCUGUGCUCCAAACCAGCUUUAAAAUUAAACAAGAAUACAAGAUUUUACUUCAUAGUUUAAAAAUUAAUGCAGCAAGAAAGUUUCCUAGAUAACGUGCCAAAGUGCUGAUGCAGUGAUUACGCGUGAGUGAUUGCUCUUUGAUCGUGUUGCUUUUGUGCUGAUUUUCAUUUGCUUUUAAUCGUUUGUCUUGUGCCGUCUCCUGUGAACAAUAAAGUUUUACUCAAUGCUG